UCUCUUCUAGAAAUUUGUUUCAUUUGGUGGUUAGCAGUCAGUUUAAAGAAAGUGAGUUACUGAAUCAAUGGUCCUAGAUUUUUCAGUAUUUAGAGAAGGAAUUGUUGUGUGUAUGUGUUUCUUUUUUGGGUUUGGUAUAUUGUUGAUUUCUCAUGAGGUUAAAAUGAGAAAGAUCAGCUUUAGUCACCUUUUGGUUUCUCUGUUGCUUUUGAUUCUGCAUUAUUCCUCUGAAGCAACAUCCGCUUCUAAUGAAGGGUUUUUAAGGAUUGGAUUGAAAAAGAUUAGAUCUGAUCAAAACAGUCGGUUCAAAGCUUUGCUUGAAUCAAAGAAAGGAGAGUUUUUAGGACCUUCUGUUGGAAAACAUAAUCAAUGGGGUAAUAAUCUUGGAGAAUCUAAAAAUGCUGAUAAUGUACCAUUAAAGAACUAUUUGGAUGCUCAAUACUAUGGAGAGAUUGGCAUUGGCACUCCACCUCAAAAGUUCACUGUAAUUUUUGAUACUGGAAGCUCUAAUUUGUGGGUGCCAUCUUCCAAAUGUGUUUUUUCGCUUGCUUGCUUUUUCCAUGCUAGGUAUCAAUCAGGGCGGUCAAGCACAUACAAAAAAAAUGGAACAUCUGCUGCUAUUCAGUAUGGAUCAGGAGCUAUUGCUGGCUUCUUUAGUUCUGACAACGUUCGAGUUGGUGAUGUUGUCGUUCGUAAUCAGGAUCUCAUUGAGGCAACUAGCAUGUCUAGUAUGACAUUCAUGGCCGCCAAAUUUGAUGGUAUAUUGGGACUUGGAUUUCAAGAGAUCUCGACUGGUGGCGCUGUUCCAGUCUGGUAUAACAUGGUUAAACAAAAACUAGUCAAAGAGCAAGUUUUCUCAUUUUGGCUGAAUCGUAAUGCCAAAGAGGAAGAAGGAGGUGAACUUGUGUUUGGAGGGGUUGAUCCUAAGCACUUCAAAGGCCAACAUACAUAUGUGCCUGUGACUAACAAAGGGUAUUGGCAGUUCGACAUUGGCGAUAUUCUUAUUGGUGGUGAAACAACAAAAUAUUGUGCCAGCGGUUGCUCUGCAAUUGCAGAUUCUGGAACUUCUUUGUUGGCUGGUCCAUCUGAUAUAGUGGUAUUAAUUAAUAGAGCAAUUGGAGCAGCUGCAGUUGCACAUCCAGAAUGCAAGGCAAUUGUUUCACAACAUGGACGGGCUAUUAUGGAUUUGCUUUUAGCCAAGGCACAACCAGAAAAGAUAUGCUCCAUAAUUGGGGUGUGUACCUUUGACCAAACUCGUGAUGUUAGUUUGAAAAUUGAGAACGUGGUGAGUGAUAAAGAUGGUAGAUCGUCUGGUGGGUUCUCAGAAGCUAUGUGCUCAGCUUGUGAGAUGGCAGUUUCGUGGAUUCAAGAUGAGCUGAGGCAGAACAAAACUCAAGAAGAUAUCAUUGAUAAUGUCAAUGAGCUAUGCGACCGUGGGUCGAACCAAGAAGAAACAUUGGUUGACUGUGGACGAAUCUCUCAAAUGCCUUCAGUGUCCUUCACCAUUGGCGAUAGAGUUUUUGAGCUCAGCUCAAAAGAUUAUAUUCUGAAGGUGGGUGAGGGAUCUGCAGCUCAAUGCAUCAGUGGAUUCAUACCUUUGGACAUUCCUCCUCCUCGUGGACCCCUAUGGAUCUUGGGAGACGUUUUCAUGGGACCUUAUCAUACAGUCUUUGAUUUUGGCAAAGCAAGAGUCGGAUUUGCAGAUGCUGCUUGAAGAAUAUGUAUACUCAGGACUUGAAUGAUGACUCUUGUGUGUAUACAUAAGUAAUGAAGUUGUUCAUAAUAAAGAGAGAGAGAAAGAGAGCGCAUGUAAAUGUUGUGGUGUUUUAAAAUAUCAUUUCUAUAGUCUUAGUAAUUUAGUGGAAACUUUCAUUAAAAACUGUUAUCUCAGUUUAUUCUUCUCAUCUUUCUUAUAUCACUAAAAAAAUUACACUUCUUCUA